AUGGCAGCUGCUUUCCUUCGACAGCUGAACCAGCUCCUCCAGACCCAGCAGCCCAUCAUGGGAGAUCAAUGGACUUCUCUCUUGGCUGCUCAGAGCGAGGUCGCCAUCAGAACGAUUCGUCAAAGCCACAUCACAGUCGAGGAGGGUGCAGAGAUCUGCAGCUUGGUGCAGCAGGGCCUUUGGUCACACGAGCAGAAGCAGGCCCUGGGUGCAGCCGUCUCCCAGACCUUGGCAGGCAGCACUCCAGCAAAUGCCAAGGCCAAGAAGAAGAACCAGGAAAUUCUCAACUUCUGGGGUUUCUUGGGUGCCGAGGACCGGCGAGUUUUGUCGAGCGACGACACUCUCGUCAUGAGGCUGACUCACACUGCUCAGAUAAUGGCUCGACUGGAGAUGUUCUGGCCAUCAGAACAGUCUGUGGGACACAUCAUCAAGACCCUGCAGAGUUGCAACAAUAGUGGCUUGCAGAGCCCCGACGAGUUCCAUUCGGCUGUCGUGUGCCUCAAGAAGAAGGUGAAGACCAUGCUCAAAGAUACUUCCUGUGGCGAGUUCGUCGCCAAGUACACUCGGCCUGAGGAUCUUCCACCACACACCCGAGAUCGCUUCGCAGAUGCCUUGGGAGGUGAGCUGCCUGGAACAAUGGUGCUGGCCCGUGAUGCUCUUCGUGGCAGUAACAAAAGCCUCUCUUUCCACAAGAGCAACACUGCCAUGGUGCUGGGUGGUCCAGCAGCAGGGCCGGCAAUGCACAUGCCCCACACCAUGCAGGGUAUGAUGCAGUUCUGGGGCAGCAUGGCAGCUAACAUGUUCAACCAGCAGCAGCAAUUUGCGAAGAAGAACGAUGGAUUGCCUGGGUUGAAAAUCUUCGGCGACCCAGCUGCUGCCGCCUCCUCUGGGACGAUGGCCUCCUCGCCUGCUCAACAGCAGGCCUUGCAGCUUCCUACAGUUACCAAUGAACCGGCACAGGGCAGCGGAACAAAGCAGGCCCAGCAACAGGGAGUGCUGGCCAGCAAGGAUCCUGUCAGUGCUGCACAACAUGCAGAUGAAAUGCUUCAAGCAUGGAAGGGCGAGAACAAAGGGUUCGACAGUCUCAGUCAGGUCUUGCAGGAACUCAAAGAGCUGCCCGAGUUGCCAUCUGGGACGAGUCGCCGAACACUGAAGCGGGCCCGGGAUGAGAAGACUCGGAGCUACCAAACUGCUUAUGGCGAGAUCCUAUGCGACUUCAAGUGUGUUGCCGAAACUGGUGUGGAGUUUGAAUUUCCUGUCUUGAACCCAGCUGCAAUGCUUGCCUGGGCGACAGAGCGAUGUCGACCAUUUGGCGAGUUCCUGGAGAGGGCCAUGGAUGCCACACCCCCCAGCAUUCUUCAACCAUGGGGAUUGGUGUGGUAUUCCGACGAGCUGGCUCCGGGCAACCAACUCAAGCACUCGAACCGGAGAAAGGUCCAGGCUGUAUAUUGGAGCCUGCUCCCUUUGGGACAGCAUGCAAUGGGUUGCGAAAAUUGCUGGUUCACUCUCUGUGCCAUUCGCAGCUCUCUGGUCGCAGAACUCGGCGGCAUGACUGUGCUCUUCAGGCAGCUAGCAGCCUUGUUCUUUGAGAGACCUGACUUCAGAAAAGGUCUUGUGUUGCAGUGCCCUGGACAAGCACGUAUGCUCUUUGCCGACUUGAAGAUCAUCAUAUCCGACGAAGCUGCAAUUAAGGCUACUACCCUUUUCAAUAAAGGAGCCAGUGGACUCAUAUUCUGUGUUCAAUGCCAAAACGCCGUGGACCACAAAAGCAGCAUUGCUGAAAGGAGUCGGGGCAAUAUGGUGUCCGGCUUGGAAACCGACAUGAGUUGCUUUCGGAUGCACACACCCGAGUCUAUACGAGACACCAUGGACUUCUUGCGAAGGCAAGAGAGGGUCCUCAACAAAGACAGAUUCCUGCAACUCCAAACAGCAAUGGGGUUCAAUUUCAAAGAGGAUGGAUUGCUGGCACAUGCAGCAUACGGGCCUCCGGUCAUCGAGUGUGUGAUGUUCGAUUACUUCCAUGUCUAUUUAGUCAAUGGCAUCUUCAAUGUUCUGACAGGGUUUUUUCUUGGAGAGCUUCACAACCAUGGCUGGAAGCACAAUGACAUUGAUCGCUUCGCAAAUGGUUUUACCUGGCCUUCUCGUUUGCGAGGUGCUGCUGCAAAGGAUAUCUUGCAGAAGCGAAAGCCAAGCGAAACCUUGAAGUGUGGAGCCAGCGAGGCUCUGAACUUUAUGCAGCUGCUGCGACUCUAUGUGCUACUCUUUGUGCUGCCAAAUUGCAGCAGAGAUAUCCGGGACUCUUGCGAGGUUUGGUUGGCUUUGUGCAAGGUGAUUGAUGCUUUGCAAGCGAUCAAUGCCAGACCUUCAGCAUUUACCCCCCUGGAGUUGCAGCAGCUCAUCAAAAGGCAUCUCGAUCUGGCGAAAAGUCGGUAUGGAGAUGAGUGGUGGGUGCCAAAGUGUCACUUGGCAGGCCAUUUGGCGCUGCAACUGGCCAAGCAUCAGGUCCUCCUCAGCUGCUUUGUGCACGAAAGAAAACAUAAAAUCAUCAAAAAAAUUUCGAAUGAGAUUUUGGAUACAAGCAGAACCUUCGAGAGGAGCAUCCUGCAGGAUGUACUCCAUGGUCACAUGGAAAGUCUGGCAGAGGGUGUAUACCUCCCAGGCCAAGGAGUUCGCUUGGUCGACCCUGUGAGACCAGCUCCUGCCAGAUUGCAAACAGAGAUACACAACACGAUCCGGGUCCAGGGUGAAGUCUUCACAGCCAGGCAGGCAGUGCAUGGAGGAAACUUCACCGUGGCUGUCGGCGACUUGGCCGUGAUGGAUCUGGAUGGGGUCACUGCCGUAGGCAAAGUGGCUUAUCAUGUAAUGUGCGAGAAAGUUGUAUGGUCGCACAUUACCUUCUGGACACAUGUCCAUGGCUGUAUGUAUGAAGUCUCCGACGAUUGUGGCCUCGUGCAAACCCGACUGAUCCGGGCCACAUGCCCUUACAGCAUUUCGGGCAAUGCUGCCAUUGUCGCAGUCCCGCAGGUGUAA